GGGGCCAGGCGCGCCUCACUCCACCCCCGGGCCGGAAACGUGCGGCUUAAGCCGAGAGCGGCGGUGACAGCGACUGCCGAGACUCGCAGUUGCUCCCCGAGGACGAUGGAAGAACUGAAGGACCGGACGGUGGAGGAACUGGAGAAGUUGCAGGAUGACCCUGAGGAGAUUGACCGUCUGGUCAUGGAGUCACCCGAGGUCCAGGACCUGCAGCUGGAGCGGGAGAUGGCACUUGCCACCAACCGGAGCUUGGCCGAGCAAAACCUUGUGUUCCAGGCGCCCCUGGAGAUCAGCCGCUCGAAUCUCUUGGACAAGUACCAGGAGCUCCAGAAGCUGGUGGAGAAGUGCCAGGAACAGAAGGCCAAGCUGGAGAAAUUCUCCUCAGCGUUGCAGCCAGGAACCUUGCUGGACCUUCUGCAGGUUGAAGGCAUGAAAAUCGAAGAGGAGUCGGAGGCCAUGGCUGAGAAGUUCCUGGAGGGGGAGGUGCCCUUGGAUACAUUUCUAGAGAGCUUUGCCUCCAUGCGGAUGUUGUCCCAUUUGCGCCGAGUUCGAGUGGAGAAGCUGCAGGAGCUAGUGCGGAAGCCCAGGGCUCCCAAAGAGCCAGCCAGGCCUGCACUCCCACCUCAGCCUGUUAUCGAGACCACAAAAGCUGUGGCUGAUGCCCCGCCUGCCGUCCCUGCUCCUCCUGCCCCAUCCUUGGCAGGCCCUGCCUUCCCACUCCCCUACAGCCCUGCUCCUAACUUAGCUGUUGGCCCCACAGCCCAAGGAACCCUCCAGCCAUCCCCUUUCCCUGUCACCUCCCAACCCUCUUUCCCUUACCAUGUGCCUUCUGGCCCUGGCUAUUCACCAGCCCCGCCUGGAGGGGCUGCCACAGGCCGCCCCUGGUCCCCACACUCAUCUUCUGCACCAGGAUAUCCUUUGUCUCAAGCUGGGAGCUCAUCUUCUGGACCAGUGUAUCCCAUGGCCCGAGGCCCAGCUCCCAAUCCAGGCUACCCUCAGCAGUCUUAUUUCCCUGCAGGAGGAAGACCACCCUACCCAACUCAGGCACCUCCCUAUCCAACUCAGGCCCAGAUGCCUAAUUUUCCAAGGCAGCCCAGACCUUCAGGUCCUCAUCAACCCCCAUACCCAACAGGCCCUGCUCUUCCCUAUGGGUUUUCUACACCCCAGGGGCCUGUCUGGCCUGGGUAUUAGACACGAUCCUCACGAGUUGCCUCCCCUCACUCCCACCUGUGCCACAGAUGUUGGUCCUACCAUUGCUGCUGCCUAAGAUUUGGGUUGAAGAGCUGUUGGCCCCACCCGUGGACUUUGGAUGGAGGCAUGACCCAUGUAGGCACCUGAUAAACCGGGGAUGAUGUGGCUAUGAUGGCAUGCAGGGUGUUUUCAGAACCAAGGCCUGGCUUAUACAUCAAGGGAUAAAGUCACCCCUGCAGGCCUGUAGUUGUCUACAACCCAUGGCAUGAAGUCCCACUGUACUGAUGGCCAUCUGGUCUACCAGCCAGUCAAGUGUUAGCCAAAUAAGGGGGCAGAUGUGGAAGCUAUUUGUGUACACACAGAUAUUGAAAUCAAAACACAGAGUUCUAAGUGACAUGGCCUCCCCUCUUCUCCCCCCAUUCCCCUAGCUGCAGUUCUCUGUUAACACCCUCCCCGGGGACUGGCUGUUGCAGACAUGUUUACACUGGCCGAGAGAUGGGAAGUAGCAAUCUUGAGAUAAUGUGUCCAACAGAGCUGGCUAUCUCUUCUCUAAGAGAGCAUGUUCUGGGCUUCCCCACAGGCUUAGCUUUUAUGCAGAGCACUUUGUAAUGUUUUCCCAAGUCUUUUACUUAGACAACAUGAUAAAACACUAAGGCAGAAGCCAGAUAAGCUUGCAUCAUUGUGGAGAAGGCUGAGUGUACGGGUAGUGGGGCCCACACCUCUUAAGAACUAGAGCUAGGGGGUGGGAGAAGUUGGGGUGGGCUCUGGGCCCUCUGGCAGAGGCCAGGGUGGGGAACAAGCAGCUGCAGCAGUUUGGGGGCUUGUGUAGAGGAAGGGCUGGGAACAAAGGUAGCCGCCCUCCUUCCUCCCAGGGCAGCUCUUUUGCCAGCAAGUUCCUUCUGAGCCCCCACUCUGCCCUUCAGUGCCUUUGAACUUGGCAGCCUCUUUUCCCUAAAUGCCCUUUCCUUCUCCCUGUCUCUCUUAGCAAAACUAUUCUCUUGGAGAGAAGUUCUGAAAGUCACCCCCAAAUGGUGCUUUCCAAACACUGCUACAUCCUGUUUGUCUCUCCCUGGUAUCUUCCACUUGUCCUUAGGACUUAAGUUCAAGAUCAGGCCUCACCCUUGUUCCAUUAGGUUGGGGGUGCCUGAUAUCUGUUGAUGAGUGGUGAGAGCAGACCCAGAAGGGUUUGACAGGCAGAGCAUUAAUUUGGUUCUUCCUGAAAUCGGUUUGGUUGCUCUGUCAGCCCCUGAAGCUGCUCUUGAUCUGAAAGCCGAAUGUACCUUGUACUGUCCAAGGCUGAAUUGCUAAACGUUUGGCAGAACUUGGAUCAUGAGGGGGCUGUGUCAGUUUUGAUUUCUUGGUGCCCCAAAUGAGGGGUUGGUGAUGCCAGAUUUAAGUUUUCUCAACAUGUUGCCAAAUUCUGCUUGCUUUUCCAUAAAUUAUUUAUGAAGAGAAAUUACUAAUGGGCUCUGUUGGUUUGAAUGCUUCUGAAUGAGAUGGGUGAUGUCCGUCAUCUAUGAUUAAUCACUACAAUAAAACCAGAUGCGGUCCAUGCAGUGUCCUGGCUGUGAUGGGUGUGUAGAAUGAAUACCCGUCUGCUUUGAAGGUGCAAUCGAUCUUGGGUAGCCUUGCUCGAUGGAAAUGCUUCCUUUCAUCUCUAUCAAUAAAGCCCUGUCCCCGUCCAUCCAUCGCUUGCCCUCGGAUCUUUGGCCAGGUCUCUGGGGCCUCAUUGGCACAGCACUCAGUUCCCUUAAUCGUCCAGACUUUGGUUUCCUUUCUCCACCAUUAGCAUUUCCCUCCCAACCUCUGCUGGGCUGGACUGUAUUUUUAUGCCGUACAAGUUCUUCAAGCCCUGCCUGGGUUCAGCUCGCCAUUUUGUAAGAAUUGAGCCCCCGACAAACCCACAAGCAGCUCCCCUGGGGUUGCAGUCCAUCUUUCUCUGUGGAGCUGCUGAUGGAGAAUUCUGGCCCUGCCACCAGCUGGGGUGGCACAAGAAUGUGGCCUGCCUGUGCUGCUCCCACACCCACGAAACACCAAUUGGCUUUCAAAUCUGGAACUCAAAGCUGUUGGUGUGUUAGAUGGGGGUGGGGAGGGGAGGUGUGUGUGAGAUUUUGACCAGUGGGGCUGUUGACAGGUUCCCCAGUGAGCUCACCCCCUUCCCCAUUGUUCUAGGGCCUCUGCCCCUGUGGGGUGAGCAUGAAGUUUUCUGAGAGCUAGUUUCCUUAAUGGGGGUCGGGAGAAAGGUGGCUUGGGCAGAGUUUGAGGUCAGAAGUGGCACCUUAUGCUAACAAGCUGUGUGAGCCUUGGCAAAUCACUUCCCCUUUUCUGAACCUCAGUUUUGUCAUCUGUAAAUGGGGACAGCAUAGUACCACAGGGUUUUGGGGGUGUCAGAUGAGACUAAUGGGCUGUAGCUGUCCACCAUUAAGGUCAAAGGAUACAGAAGGUAAGGGACCCCAAAGGUCAUCGAGGUGCCUCUCCCCCAUCUGGAGAUAAGGAAGUAGGGGCUCAAAGAGAGAAGGCCCUGGGCUUGCUUUAAAUUAGAAGCUGGAUUUGAACACAUCUUGACUCCCAAAUCCUUUGCUCAUCCCAGGAUGUCGCCGGCCCAGUGACAAGUGGGCAGCCGGUGAUACUCAGAUUCAAUGAAGGGGUAAGCUUGUUGUUUCUCAGGGCCGUCUAGAUGCAGGGGGCCAGUGGUAAAUGAGGGAGGAUAUUGACCCCCUGACUGAGACUAGAGGAAAGUUGGAGAGGCUAAGCAGAUUUCCAAAUGGCUCCCUGCAAAUGCACCAUCCCAGCUCGUUAUGAUGAGAAAUGCAGGUAGAGACAAGUCAGGCUUGGCUAUGUUUCUCAUCAUAAUGAGCUACGGUGCAUUUGCUGGCUACUUGUGGUGGGCAGACAUAAAACUGACCGGACACCAGGGAGACUGAACAAAUGACUUCUUUGGAGGAAGCGAGUCCUAACGCCCCCUUGGGGAGCAGGAUUAGGUAGUGCUCUGUAUUGGUGCCAAAGUGGUUCGUUUUUAUAAAAUAUUUACAUAUUAACUUCUAAGGAAAGCAUUCUCUUUGGAAACAUUAGAGCAUCUCACUUCACCCAGAACCCUAACCCUAACCCUAGAAGCUCACUCCUGUUUCCCCUUCUCAUGCCCCCACAAAGUUAGGUACAUUCACACAGUCCCCACCCCAUCAUUGACACCUCUCAGAUGCCCACUUGCUUCUGGAGACAUAGUGGGCAAUCCUUACCAUGCAAGGACUCUUGCUACAUAGAUGAGCUAUUCAUAACAUAGUCGGCCAGCCUAGAGCAUCAAAGAGAUGUCUAACCUAAUGAAGAGAAACUUGGCCAUCUGGGAUGAGGGAUUCCAGCCAGUGCAGAAGCCUCAGCUCCGUGUUCAGCUGUCAAGUAAUCAGUGCAGUCACCUAUGCCUCGACUAAUGGGGAUUUACCAUCUCCUUCCAGGAGGAGCACACUGGGGCCAACCAAGACCUAUCUCCAGAUACUCGGUCUCACUCUAAGUCAAUGUCUCCAGGCCUCUUUUGGCACCUGUAGGAUAAGGAGGUUGGGAGAAAGGAGCCCUCAGGUGCUUUUGAGCUCGAGGAUCCUGUUCUGCCUUGAUUCUGAAGAAUGCCCUUUGUGUGUUUGUGGCCUCUUCCUGCUUCAUGAGCUUCAUGGGGUUCCUUUCUGUGGCUUGCUUUUACUGUGAGUUAUUAAUGAUAUGCUUGUUGAGUAGUGGUUGAUGUCACUUGGAACUUCAUAAAAGCUAUGGCUCUUUCACUGUUCUGGAGGCUGGAAAAAUAAUCCAGUGGGGGAGAGGUCGGUGCCUAAGGCUCUACUUUUCCAAUAAUAACUUAGACUUAAGGUUUGGUUGGCACUUUACUGAGAAUGUGAGGGCUAGAGAUGGCAGCUAAUGGACUGGAUGAGUUUUCUUUGCAUGGGGGAAGAUCUAAGAAUGUCCAUAAGCAUUUUGGCAAAAAUGGACCCAGGAAGGGUCUUGAGGAGGCCAGCCUUCUGCCAGUCAAACAAACUCCAGGGCCGCCUGAGCUUCCCAAGGAAUUUGAGGGAUGGAAUCAAGGCCUAAAGAACAGACCAAUGUAGCCAGAUGAAGCCUUUCAACUUGAGGCUGCUGACCUACACUCUAGUGACCCAUGAGCAAGGCCCACAAUUUUGUGCCAGGUGGUUCAGUCCUCGACCCAGGGCCAGUGCUUUGCAACCAUCAUUGGAAGCAAGAUGAAAGUAAAUGUUGGCUGAGCACUUGUCAUGUGCCUGCCCUGGCCCUGUGUGGGCCUUCAUCCUGUGUGAGGCUGACAGUUGCCACCCACUGCCCUGAGAUCUCAUGAGAGGAAGGAGCAAUUAGCUCACGGGCCUGGGGGAAUAGACCGAAUGAGCUCUGGGGUGAGUGUCCUGGGGCUAGUUUCUGGCCCUCUUUGUCUCUGUCUCAGACACAGACACAUUCACACAUACAUAAGCACACACACAUGUGACAAACAUGCUCAGUUUUCUCUGUGCUCACAUCUGUAUCCUUUCUUGUCUUGGGAUCUCAGGGAAUAUUCAGACUUCUCAAGUUGUAUAGAAAGCAUUAUUUACACAAAACAUUAAAAACAUUUUCAUCCAA